CGCGUUCGGGACACCAGUAGCACCGCACACACAGACAUGUUCAGACCGUCACACUGAACAGGUCAGUGGAUCCGCGCAUUUUUUUUUUGCCAUUUAAUUAUUAGCAGUAAAUUUCGGGGUUCGGCACCGACAGUUACUUGCGUUGGUUUUAUUUGGCCGAAAACGUAGUGUCUCAAUUUUUUUUUUUCAUACGCGUUUCGAUUUUUUUUCGUGUUUCGACGUGUUGCUGCACAUUUUUCUGAAGAUGGGGAGAUUGGCAGUUUUCGUUUUGGCGCUGUUUUUCUGCCUGGAAAGGACGAAGGCUGCUCCUAGCACGCAAGGCGCAUUGCUCUAUCUCUCACAAUAUGGAUACUUAGGCGCAACACACAUCAACAAGAAUAAUAGCGGAGCUCUAGUAGACGAAAAGACAUUCCAAAAGGGCAUAGAAGAUUUCCAAAUGUUUGCCGGCUUAGACGUUACAGGAAAACUUGAUACCCAAACCAUUGAAGCUAUGACCCUGCCAAGGUGUGGAGUAAAAGACAAAGUUGGCACUGGAGAUAACAGAGCGAAAAGAUACGCACUACAAGGUAGCAGAUGGAAGGUGAAAAAUCUCAAAUAUCGCAUCACCAAAUACCCUUCAAAUCUCAAGAGAAGCGCUGUGGAUUCAACUAUUCAAAAAGCUUUCAACGUCUGGUCUGAAUACACUGAUCUCACAUUUUCACCAUCUAAUGGUAACGUUCACAUCGACAUCAGGUUUGAGAAAGGAGAACAUGGGGAUGGAGACCCGUUUGAUGGACCUGGAGGAACUCUGGCUCAUGCCUAUUUCCCUGUAUAUGGAGGAGAUGCCCAUUUCGACGCAUCUGAAAGAUGGACUGUAGACUCCUACUCUGGCACCAACUUGUUCCAAGUAGCAGCCCAUGAAUUUGGCCACUCUCUUGGUCUCAGCCAUUCAGACGUCCGUGAAGCUCUAAUGGCUCCCUUCUACAGAGGUUACGACCCCGUGUUCAACCUACACGAAGACGACAUCUAUGGCAUCCAAGCCUUGUACGGAAAGAAAACGAAGAAGUCUACCAGACCAUCCUAUGACGACGGAGACUACGACGAAAGCAACGUCAACCACAGGAAAGAACCAGCUCCCAAACCUUCAUCUGGAGGCUCCAACGAAGACCUCUGCAAAGACCCUAAGAUCGACACCAUCUUCACCUCUGCAGAUGGCCAAACUUACGUAUUCAAAGGUGAUAAGUAUUGGAGGUUGACAGAUACUAGUGUAGCACCAGGAUAUCCCAAAACCAUCAGCUCCAACUGGCCUGGUUUACCUGGAAACAUUGACGCAGCUUUCACUUACAAAAACGGCAAGACUUACUUCUUCAAGGGGAGCAAGUACUGGAGGUUUGUUGGCAGCAAGAUGGACGGUGCUUAUCCCAAAGAAAUCUCAGCUGGAUUCACUGGAAUACCAGACAAUAUCGAUACUGCCGUUGUUUGGAGUGGUAAUGGAAAGAUUUACUUCUACAAAGGUUCUAAAUUCUGGAGAUUCGAUCCUUCAUCCAGACCACCUGUGAAGAGCGUAUAUCCCAAACCAAUCUCCAAUUGGGAAGGCUUGCCAGACAGUCUAGAUGCAGGUUUCCAGUGGAGCAAUGGUUACACGUACUUCUUCAAGGACAACGGUUACUACAGGUUCAACGACAAGGCUUUUGCUGUAGACAGGGUAUCUCCAGCCUUCCCUAGGGAUUCCAGAUAUUGGUGGUAUGGCUGUGAGAACACUCCCGAAGGAACCAUUGGAACCAGUGAGUCCAGAGAUUGGUUAAUCAGUGAAGAGGGCGAAUAUAAUGAGGAUGCCAGUAAAAUAUAUCAUGACUCAGGUGAUAUAACCAAUAUGGUAGAAGAAGAAGAUCCAAGGUUUUCUGCGAGAACUGGAAACUCAACAAUCAUUCAAAAGAACGAUACUACGAGGAUAGCCCCUUCAGCUAUGUUAUUCCUCCUGUUAGUAACGUUUAAAUUGCUCCGUUGUGUUUCGUGAAACAUAAUAGUAUAAUUUCGUUUUAUAAACGACCUAGAUUCAACUAAGAACUAACUGAAGUGCCUCCCGUUUUGGAAAAUAAAGAUACAGCGCGCGUUCCUUGUACAUAUGACCGUCUUUCAUCAGUUCAGUUGGGGGCCACUAGUCACACUGUUCACGUCAAUCAGACUGGAACGCACCCCUAUGCGAGGCAGAACUGAAAGGUUCCUAAUUCAGAACGAUUAUUCGUAGUUGAAAUAACGGCAACUAGAUGGAGCCCGUCGUCUUGUUAAAUCAUUGCCUUACAAUUAAGUUGUGAUAUUUAUAUGAUAUAUGAGGUUUGUUAUUCACUUUAGAAGAUAGCUCUUGUAGCGUCAUCUAUCUGCCGGAAGUAAAUCAAUUGAGUUCACAGUAUUCUGUAGUUUGAAUAGUGCCAAUCCAAAAAACAUAUUUUACUCUUUAUCUUCUUUGAUGGCAUAUUACUUAUUGGAAGAGAUUUGUUUUUGUUUGUGAAUAGAUGACAUAAUGUGCUAUCAUGUAAUUGAGGGUGCUUUAAUUACCAAUACGUUAUCGAGAUGAAUAUAGUUUUAUUUAGAAAUAUUCGAUUUUGUUUAUACGAACCAUAUAAUUAUAUCGAUCACACGAUUUUUUCCACGAUUUUUUCUUUUAUUUUUCGAGAAGAAAAUAGGAAUUUUUCUGAUUUCAGUUAUGUAUACUUAAAAAUUGAAAUUUUGUAAUAUUCAGCUAAUAAAUUAUAUUUUAUAGUA